AUGAUUAUGCCCGAUUUCUUUGCAACAGACCCCGACUGGGCUGCAUACGCAACCAAGCACGGGCUCCCACUCCCUCCAGACAAAGCCGUUGACAAGCCCUCUCUGCCGCGACUCGACGCAGGAUCCUGGGACUUCCAGGCCAUCAGACAGGCAAAUGCCGAGACAGAAGCAGCCUGGACCUGUGACCAUCCACUCUCCAGCGUCGGGUAUGAGACAUUCCUGACCAACGUCCGAGUCCGUGACGGCAGCGUAUGCAGCGUGAAGGUUUCCUGGCCCGCAAAUCCACGAUUUCACAAGCAGUGUGGCAGCCUCACUGCAGCGGACUCAUCACCACUACCAGUCUUAUUCGUGACGCACGGCGGAGGCUGGAUCCAGGGCACGCACACAACUGAGGAGGCAUGGCUGCUGUGGCCAAUCUACCAAAGAUUUGAUCUCGUCAUCGUCAGUGUCGAGUAUCGCCUGGCACCCGAGCACCGGUUCCCAACAUGGAUUGAAGACUGCUGGGACGUGCUGCAGCGGCUCUUGCAGGAUACAAGACAGUUUUUACCGGCAGAAUGCCCUGCUCAGGUCGACCCAAAGACUCUGUACCUGGCGGGCUCGUCUUCUGGUGGGGGGAUCGCCGCCGUCUUGUCACAUCUCUGCCGCGACCACAGCAUUCUCGUCUCCGGGGUGAUCCUGAAUGUCCCUGUCCUCUGUGACUACCGCGAGAUACCGCCUACCACACCGCACACGAAGAAGGGCGAGACAUCGUACGAGCAAUGUCUUGGUACCUUCUCGGACUCUCGUGGCUUGAUGGCAGUGUGGGACAUGAUCCGGCCGUCACUGGACCCUCAGCCUAAAGACCGCCAGCUGGCGUCGCCACUCCUGGGCGACCUCUCCAAGCUGCCUCCACACAUCAUCUGUGUAGCCGGUCAGGAUCCGCUCCGAGACGAAGGCCUACUGUACGCACACAAGCUGCAGCAACAAGGGACACCGGUGAGGUUGCAGAUGUACGCCGGUGUGCCGCACAAUUUUGCUCAGUUGUGGGAACUCAAAGCUUGUCGACGGUUCUGGGACGACUUACGGAGAGAGAUGGAGUGGUUAUUGACUCUUCAGUAG